UCUUGAGAGGGCGGUCACACGCACGCAACAGCUGAAGCGAAUGCGGAUUCAAGAGGAUUCAAGGUCGAUGGUGAGGAAUAUGGGUUCCAGUGGCGUCUUUGUGGCCUUGGCUCUGUCGCUUCUCCUGUUUGAGCCCGCGUCAUGCCAAGGGGUCGGAGGCAGCCUCACAUCCCCGGGGGCGGCUGAGGUCAGUACUCCUGUGGGGGCAGCAGGAGGGGGCGCCGUGGACCUGCCUAUCCCCAUUCCAACCUCCCUCAGAUUCUAUGAAGGCGCAGAUCUUAACAUCGACUCCUGCUCGCGCGAUGAGGUCUCAGUGAACGGCAGCUGCCACAGAGUGCUCACCCAAGGCCCCUGCCAAGACUCAGACUUCGUGCUGCUUGACCCAUCCACACACGAGGGUUACUGCGCCGCCAGACUCUGUGCACCUGAUAGGAUCUUCGUGUUUAGUGACCAGCUUUGCCAUGAUCCAUUCAGCUCCACUCACUGUCCAGGUUCCCAGGAGCUUUUCCAGACAGCCUUCGGGACGCCCAUCUGCCAGUGCCCCGAUGGCUUCCUGGAGGGGACCGGGGGGAGCUGUGUGCCCCCCCUAACCCCCACGCACACCUGUCCCCCCGCCCAGGUACUUUGGUCUAACAGCUCCAGGUUGAUGCAGGUGUGUGGACCAGACCCAUGUGGACGCCUCAACCUGGACCGCCCCCUCCCAUCCCCGCCCUUCGUACCCUCCUUGGCUGACGGCAUCUGCUACCAACUGGGCCAGGUGACUGGCGUGUGUCCCCACGGCAGCUUCUACGCCCUGGACCUGGAAGCACGGCGUGGGGUGUGCGCUGUGCUGCAGGACGCGGGCUACGUCAUCCUGGACGCCGCCACGCAGCGCCUGUACCGCGACCUGUACGGCCCGUUCAGCCUGUUCACCCUGCUGGACCCCUCUCUGUUGCUGCCCUCCCCGCCCCUGCCCCCCACGCAUCUUGGCCAGGACCCUGUCGCGCUGCUGACCGGCGUCCCGCACACCCCUCUGUCGUUGGAUGGCGGCCAGGCCCAGCAGAGUGGUGGCCUGGUGCUGCCGGGCCUGGCCGGCCAGGGCGCCGCUACCUUGGACGCAACGAAGGGCGGAGCAGUGACGCAGAUCACGUUCGGCAGUGUGGCGGUGCCAGGGGCACUGGAACAGCACGCCGCGGCGCACCAGGGCGCGGCGCGCCCCGGCAAGAGGCCGCCACACCCACGCAACCACUACAUCGCGGCCACAACCUCGGCCCGGUGCGGGAUUACAAGUUCUCUUCACUGUCUAAGCACUUCCUGCCCACGCCCCUCGACCUGGCGCGCCUGCACGCCACACGCGGCCAAAACCACCUGGUGCGCCCCAUCCCCGCCAAGGGCCUGCCUGGCGCCACGCCCGCCCUCAGGGUGCAGGUGGUGCCCGCCAGACUGCUGGCAGAGACCCUCUACGUGCACCACGCCCGCCCCGCACCACGCCACGCCGCCCACUCAGAGACACGCGAGGCAGAAGAUGAGCUGGAGUCCGCAGAGCACCAGGACGAAUACUACGACAGCACGGCGGACGCCAAGCCGGCAGAUGAGACGGACGCCCAAGGUGAGGAGACCGACACGGCAACGUCGAGGCGCAGGCGCGCCGCGCAGGGCGCCGGUUUGGUGGAAACCCGCCUGGUCACCUGCAGGGCGGGGGCGCGGCGCCACGUGAACGCCAAGUGUCGCCACACGCUGCUCCCCUUCUCCUCCCUGCCGCCCGCCACCCUGCACCCCACCACCCUGGACGCCGCCCCGGGAGUACUCAGAAGGAGGCGCAGGUCGGCGACGCCCCUGCCACCUGCUGCUGCGUGUCCC